AUGAAUGAAUCUGGAGAUAAUAAUAAUUCUUCAGAACAACCAGAAGAAGUCCCAAAUGUGCAACAAUCUAGGCAAGGUCCUAAUCAAGAUGCGCAAAGGUUUUACAGUUUACUUAAAGAUGCUGAUCAACAUUUGUAUGAAGGGUGCAAGAAUUUUAGCAAGUUGUCUGCCAUUAUUUUGAAAGAUAUGCUUCCUUUGGAUGCGAAGUUACCGAAAGACACAUAUGAGGCUAAGAAAAUUAUUAAGGAUUUAGGACUUGGUUAUGAGAAGAUUGAUGCAUGUAUAAAUGAUUGUAUGUUAUUUUGGAAAGAGAAUGCCAAUGAUGAAGAGUGUAAAGUCUAUCAUACUUCUAGGUGGGCAACAAAUGAGAAUGAUAAGAAGAAUAGUGGAAAUGAUAAGGAGAAUAAUGGGAAAGAUUUCUCAUCUGACCCUCGCAAUGUUAGACUUGGAUUAGCAGUUGACAGAUUUAAUCUUUUUGGGAAUAUGAGUACUAGUCAUAGUACAUGGCCGGUCAUUUUGAUUCCAUACAAUCUACCUCCUUGGAUGUGCAUGAAAAGAUCUUCUUUCAUGUUAUCCUUGCUUAUACCUGGGCCAAGUUCACCUUUAAAUGAUAUAGAUGUGUAUUUACAACCUUUAAUAGAAGAAUUGAAGGAAUUGUGGGAUGAUGGAAUAUCAACUUACGACGUGUCUUCUAAUGAGAAUUUCAAGAUGCAUGCAGUAUUGAUGUGGAUGAUAAAUGAUUUUCCUGCAUAUGGUGAUUUAUCUGGUUGGAGUACUAAAGGGGCCUUUGCGUGUCCUUCUUGUAAUUUAAAUACUCGAUCUCAGUGGUUAAAAUAUGGAGGGAAAUAUUGUUAUAUGGGUCAUCGACGAUUCUUGGAAGAAGAUCACCGCUUCCGUAAAGAUAGAAAUUUUUUUGAUGGGACUGAUGAAAUGGAAAAAGCUCCUAUUAUACCAUCUGGCAUUGACAUCAUGGUGCAAACUGAAGGCAUUAAUUGUAUUUUUGGGAAGAAAAAGACCAAAGUCCAAAAAAGAAAAAGAAAGAGAAAGGAAGACGUAGACCAAGAACCAAAAGGAUGGAAGAAGAGAAGUAUAUUUUUUGAAUUGCCUUAUUGGGAGAAUCACAUGUUGCGGCAUAAUCUUGAUGUGAUGCAUAUAGAAAAAAAUGUUAUAGAUAAUGUACUUGGCACAGUGCUAGAAUUGCCACGCAAGACUAAGGAUAACUUGAAGGCACGUCUUGACCUAAAAGAUAUGGGUAUAAGACAUACACUUCACCCAGAAAAAAGAGGAGAUGAUAAGACAUAUAUGCCACGAUCUUGUUUUACAAUGGUUCCAAAAGAAAAGGAUAGUUUCUUGAGAGUUUUGAAGAAAAUAAGAGUUCCAGAUGGCUAUGCUUCAAACAUUUCACGUUGUAUCCAACGUAAACAACGCAAAAUUUUUGGUUUGAAGAGUCAUGAUAGUCACAUUAUAAUGCAACAACUUCUUCCAAUAGCAAUAAGAGGAGCUUUACCAAAGAAAGUCAGUAUGGCUUUAAUAGAUUUAUCUUGUUACUUUAGAGAAGUAUGUUCCAAAGUCCUACAAGUAGAAGAUCUUGAGAAACUUGAGUCUCGAAUUGCAAUGACAUUAUGUGAAUUGGAAAAAAUAUUCCCUCCUUUCUUUACUGUCUUGGUUCAUUUAGUCAUCCAUUUGGCCACUGAAGCAAAAAUUGCUGGACCAGUCCAUUACCGAUGGAUGUAUCCCAUUGAGAGGUUACACAAGGAACGAAUAAAGAGCAGAAAACGUCCACGUCGCGUACCAGAAGGAGUUAUUAAUAAGAUUCAUAUAGAAGAGUUUUGUGACUGGUUUCGAACUUAUGUUGUGGCCAUGAGUAAUACUGAGAAGGUGAAACUAACUAAUAAAGUUAUAUGGCUUGCUGAAGGACCCAAUACUGAAGCUAGACGAAUGAAACGAUAUGUUGUCAACGGUACUAAAUUCCAAACUAAAGAUUAUGAGGAAAAUAAGAAAACUCAAAACAGUGGAAGAAUGACAAAUGACCCAUUUAUUUUGGCAUCUCAAACUUCACAAGUAUAUUAUGUUGAAGAUGAAAGAGACAAGGAUUGGCUUGUUGUUGACAAAACAAAACCAAGGGAUGUGUUCGACGUUCGUAAUGGCAAUUUGAGUGAUAAUGAUGUAGACAUUUAUUGUGAUAAUGAGCCAUAUGAUACAGUGACUGAAAAUCCACCUAAUAAUGUGAAUGAUGACCUAAAUUGGGCUCGAAAUAAUGUGGAUGGAACCAUAGUCGAUACAUCCCUUCCACUUGAUGAAGAGAAUUUUAUGGAUGAUUCUGAGUCUGAAGAAGAUUACUAG